AUGUCGGAGACACUGCCAUCGAUUAAAACCAUCAAUAAAUUUGAUAUUUCGAAAAUAACCUCCAGUCAAGUUAUCAUUGACCUAAAGGCAAUCAUUAAAGAAUUAAUCGAAAAUUCAAUUGACGCCCAUGCCAAUAAAAUUGAUAUUAUCUUUCACAAUUAUGGUGUUGAUUCAAUUCAAAUUCAAGAUAAUGGCAAUGGUAUAAAUUCAACCGAUUUUGAAACUAUCUGUCUACGCAAUCACACAUCAAAAAUUGAAAAUUUUGAAGAUUUGGAUCAAUUAACCACUUUAGGAUUUAGAGGAGAAGCAUUAAAUUCCAUUUGUUCUUUAAGUAAUAAAUUGACAAUCACAACUACAAAGGAGGAUCUUUAUCCUAAAUGCCAUGUUUUGAAUUAUGACAAUAUGGGGCAAUUAGUUGAUCAACGUAUUAAAGUUGGUGGGUUAAACUAUAAACUGGGGACUUCCGUUAUGAUCGAACAACUAUUCAAGAAUUUGCCGGUUCGAUUGAAAAAUUUUAUUAAAAACUCGAAAAAGGAAUUUAGCAAGGCAAUUAAUUUUGUAAUCAAUUAUCUCAUCAUAUAUCCCCAAAUAAAAUUUACAAUUUACAAUGUGGUUAAUAAUCACAAGAAAUUAAUUCUCGCAACAAAAGGUGGUGAUAACACAACAAUUAUAGAUAAUUUGAUUUCAGUUUAUGGUAAUAAUAAUAACAAAAAUCUAUUAUCAUUAGAUUUAGAAAUAACUGAGGAUAUCAAAUUAGUUGGGUAUAUCUCAUCUUAUUCCUUUGGAUUAGGUCGCUCUGCUCCUGAUCGUCAGUUUUUAUAUUUGAACAAGCGACCAAUUAUUUUUAAGAAAUUAUACAAAUUAAUUAAUGAAAUCUAUAAGAGCUAUAAUCAUGUACAAUAUCCAAUUUACAUUAUUGAUAUAGUUAUUAACCCAAAUUUGGUUGAUAUCAAUUUAUUACCUGACAAAACAAAUGUGUUAAUCAAAGAUGAAACUACAAUUUUACAAAUUAUUGAAACUAAACUAUCGGAAUUUUUUGAAUUGCAGGAUAACAUGAUUAUUCCUAAAAAUGAAAGCUAUCAAGUGAAAAACUCGGAAAGUGAUCGGGCUAAAAGAUCAGACAACAAAAACAUAGCUGUCCAUGAUGAUAUUGAUACAAGUUAUCAAAUUAAAAAUGACACCACUAGAUUGGACAACUUAUCAGGAGAUAAAGCUAAUUUGAAUGGGAAUGAUGACAAACAAGAAGAACCGAAUAAUCAAGAUGAACAAUGUGAAGAGAAUGACGAACAUCAAGAACUAAAAGUUGAUGGAGAUGAUAUCAACUUGAACAAUGACUAUCGAGACAAUGGAAAAGUUCCUGAUAUUGAUAUCAAUGAAGACGCAGCAAACCAAGAAGCCAAGUCUCCUCAAUCUUCAAACCUGCAAGUUGUUUCAUCGACGAAUGAACAGAAUGAAAUGGCCGAGAAUAUUAAAAUUACCACUUUUGAACCUAGAAUUGAAUCUACUGAACCUCCUACAAUUGAGAAUAAACAUAUAACUUUAGAUCAACAAGUGGUAUUGGAAUCAUCUCAAGAAAUCAAUAAUAAUUCGAUUUUUAGUUCUCAUGAUAUUAAAUCAUCUCCUCAGAACACAUAUCCAACUGAUAACUUAGAAAUGAACAAAUUAUUUUGUCAUCAAGAGCAUGGCGAAGAUGAGGACGAAUGCGACCACCAAGAUAAUCAUGGCAAAAAUUUCUAUCCUGUUAAACAUAAAUUAGAUGAUACUGAAGAAGAAAAUGUGACAGUAAUUAGUAUUGGGGAUGAGACGUUUCAACAGUACGAUGAAAGGCGUCCAAGCAAAAGACUUAAACGAGAUAUGCUUCGUAAUAUAUACAAUAAAAAAAUUGUCAAUUCUUCUCAGGAAAUUAUCAGUUCAAUAAAUGAAAAUUUGAAAACUUUCCAAGAACAAAGUGAACUGCUAGAUGUUAAGGAAGAACCAAACGAAAUUAAAACAAAUGCAAUUGACAAUUUGCAGCCCAACAAACAACAGCAAUAUGAAGAAGUUGAAAGUUAUCAAAUUAACAAGCAAGAUUUUUUGAAAAUGAAACUAAUUGGACAGUUCAAUCUAGGAUUUAUUAUAGUUGAUUUUGAUAACAACAAUAAUCUAUUUAUUAUUGAUCAACACGCAUCAGAUGAGAAAUAUAAUUUUGAAAAGCUAAUGACGAAUUUCAGAAUCAAUUAUCAAUCAUUAAUCAAACCCAUUAAAUUAGAAUUGAGUGUAAUUGAUCAAAUGUUGGUUAUGGAUAAUCAAGAGAUUUUCCAUAAUAAUGGAUUCAAAUUGAAAAUCAAGUCAACAUUGGUUGACAAUGAAAUCUUUUUAGAAACACUACCAGUUUAUCAAAACAUUAUAUUCAACUUGGAUGAUUUUUACGAGCUAUUAAACUUAGUUAAUCAACAACAAGAUCAAGUCAAUCCUAACUUGAAAUGUUCUAAAAUUAAGCAAAUAUUGGCUAUGAAAGCUUGUCGUAGUAGUAUAAUGAUUGGGACUUUUCUAAGUAAAUCUAAAAUGAAGGAAAUAAUUUCAAACUUAAGUACUUUGGACAAACCUUGGAAUUGUCCUCAUGGCAGGCCAACAAUGCGACAUUUAAUUGAUAUAAAAAAUUGGCAACCCACAUCUUCUUCAUCGUCAUCAGCAGUAGCAGCAUCAGGAUCACUGUUGAAUGGCUUUAAACCGACUAGUGUUGAUUAUGAAUUGUAG